AAGUGACCGGAAAUUCUUUGGAAUUGGACUGGAAUCCGUCGCCGAGUGACGGAGGCAGCCGUAUCCUCAAGUACAUAGUGGAGAUAAUUAUGUACCCAACAAGAGAUUGUGCUUCCAAGGACAUCAUCAAGUAAUAUUAAAACUGAUAAAACUACCUCCCUGGUAAUGGAGGAUUUUAAAUUAAGAAGUUGUUAAGGUUUGUAUGGGUACUUGCGACCAUCACGAAAGGGGCAGUUUAAAAUUGAAAAAAAAAAAACAUUUUUAUAUACCAAAAAACGAAUGCUAAAAAUUGUACAUGCAGUUCAAGGGUCGCGUAAUUUGGGUUAGUUGGGGGUGCUUUAUCGUGAGAAAUUCCAGGCGACGAGAGGAAUUAGAAGCUGACGAGACCGGCAUCCAGAUCAACAAUCUGCCAGCAGACAUCCUUUGCAAUUUCCGCGUGAUGGCUGAGAACGAAGCUGGCGUGAGCGACGCCCUGACACUAAAGAAAUUCAUAAGGGUGCACGAUAACCUAGCAUUGCCCAGUCGCCCUGGCAGACCCGAUGUGAUUCCACCACCGACCGAUGAAUACUUGCUGCAAUUUCAUCAGCCAGACGUCAUCACAGUGCGCUGGAAACCACCAGAUUACGAUGGAGGAACCCCGAUUACAGGGUAUCUGGUGGAACGCAGAGACACCGCGGGCACCACGUGGGUCCGAGCGCAUGCCGCCCUCACCAGGGACCCUGAGGUCAACCUGGCCGGCCUGGAGCCGGGACGCAGGUACCAAUUCAGGGUCAUGGCGGAGAACGCGCUCGGAUUCUCAGAACCGUCCGAACCGACACCACCGAUCUUGGUCAACAUUGGCAGCAUCGCCACGGUGCCCCACUUCAUGAAGGACCUCAAGGAUGUCAUUGCCGCGGAACAAGAAAGAGUAACAUUUUCCGUCCACGUUUUGGGAACACCAACGCCCCAAAUCGCUUGGUAUAAAGAUGCCUACGAAGUUUUUAAUUCGAAGAGGGUGAAAAUAGUGACCGACAACGAGCGCAGCUCAAUCACCUUCUAUCAAGUUGCCUUGAGUGACGAAGGAGAGAUUAAAUGCACGGCUACAAACAGGGCAGGCCACAUCGUGACAAAGGCGACUUUGCGAGUUGAUGCUCCACCGCGUGUCAAGUUCCCAAAGACGUAUGAUGACGGAGUACUUUUCGAAAUGGGUGACGUAAUUAGAUUAAAAGCGACCAUCAGCGGACGACCGACGCCAAUAAUCUACUGGCUCCACAAUGGCGAGGAGCUCCAAAACGACUUGAAGUGCGAAAUUUUGACCACAGAGCACGCGACCUCUCUUAGAAUUCUCGACUCGAACAGGGACAACCGAGGAGAAUACAUGGUCAGGGCGAGCAACGACCUGGGCGAGGACACAGCCUCCGUGCUGGUCACGGUCACUGAUCGGCCUCAGCCACCGGGCAAACCAGAUAUUGCAUCGCACAGAGGCAGAACAGUUCGACUUGAAUGGAGGGCACCAAGUGACGACGGAGGAUGCAAAAUAGGCAAUUUCAUAGUUGACUAUUACAGGAUUGGUUGGAAUGUUUGGCUAAAAGCCGCAACCUGCCGACAAUUAGGCGCAACUUUAGAUGAUUUGAUAGAAGGGUCAGAAUACAAAUUUAGGAUAAAAGCGGAAAAUCCUUACGGCAUAAGCGACCCUAGUGAAGAAUCUGAUACAGUUUUCAUUCCUGACCCAAAAAGAGGUUUAUUCAAACCACCGGCAAAUGACACUGCCUCUUCUGAUAUUGGAAAUAUAGCAACGGAUGAGUGGUUGGAAGAGAGAAGGAGGCGAAGAGCAGAGAUGUUUGGUUUGUCUGAACCAAAAAAGCCUGACCCACCUCAGCCGCCACCAGUAAAAAGUGUGGUAGAACCGCCGGUUAAGGAACAAAUUAUCAACGAAGAAGGAGAAGAGGGCAGUGAUAUGGAGGAGGAAGAGUCAGAAUAUUCAGAGGAAGAAUUGGAGGAAGAGGAGAUCGAGGAAGAAGAAGAAGAAGAGGAGGAGGAGGAGAUUGAAAACGAAAACGAUGAGCUACAUAUGCACAGGGCAAAUUCCGACGAGCUCAUGGUAGUUUUAAUUCCUUCCAAGGACAAGCUCAAUGACGCACAAAGUGUCACAACGGAAACCCAAAGUGAACAACAUAAGCCGUCUUUGAAGCAGCAAGACUCGCUUGACAUACCUCCACCACCGAUGUCACUCUCGGCACCUGAGCUAAGAGCCCUGGGAAUGCAAACGGACGAGAUGACUCCAAUUCAGUUCCAAAGAAACGCGGUUAGCUCGACAGAACUGUUGCAUGAAAAAGCAAUGGCUCGUCUUUAUCAGGCUUUAGCUGCUGAAGAGGCAAGAAAUGAGAAAAAGCGUCAAGAAACCAUGAUUGAGGAGGACGCGGUUGAAAUGAAUCAAGUUCCUGAAAACAUCUUUCCAAGAGCGACAAUUACGGACACGGGGCAAAUAGAGGAAAUAAAGCCUCCUCCAUCACCUGUCCAGGAAAAACGCCCUCUGAAGUCUGUGUUGAAAAAACCAAAAAGAAAAAUUGCAGAAAAUUCCCGGGAGCUGGGUGAAGCUAAGAAAAACAAAACGGCCGACACCGAGAUUCCCAGGACGCACACGCCGGUUACCUUCAGCGAUAGCUACAAAGAUGAAGACAUUAGGCCCGUUUCCCCUUACCUCAGAGGUCCUUUCCUGUACAAAGAUCACGACUACGACGACGUUGAAGAUAUGGUCAUUUCAAGGCCGACGACGCCGCGGAGUAUCAGGAGUGCCCGCAGCGUGUCGCCGUUCAGCAAGGUGAUCAUCAUGGAGAAACCUCCGGAAGGCGUCGUACUAGAGCCGUCGCCUCCACCAGAACCUCCGCCGAUACCCAAACACAGAUUCCACAGGAGGAAGCCGGUCGAAGAAAAGGUUGAUGUGAACAGCAACGAGGUGGAAGUUUUCAAAGUGCCGCAAAUCGACGAGGCUGAGCUCCAACCUAAACCUGUGCCUGAGGUUGCUGCGGUGGAGUCGCCGCCGCCGGCUGAGGAGGAGACGGAAUUGCUUUCAUCAAGAGCCUUAUUGAGAUCAAAUCUGAGAAAGCCGCCGAGGAAAACUGUAGUUGAGAAGAAAGAGGCAGAGCCGUCUGAGAUGGACGUCGUAGUGGUGGAAAAAAUGGAAAUUGUUGUUGAAAACAUUGAAAACCCGCCAAUAGACUUGCAGAUAAAACCGGUAGAAGAGAAGGUCAAAGAAGAUCUUGAAAAACUGGUUGCGAUUCCUGAGGAACCUAGAGUUAGUAACGCUGACAAGAGAAAGGGCAUGAUAAUUUUCGACAGUGACGAAAAUGAUGAAAAUUCACCACCUACUCCUCCUCCAAGGGCAGUUUUUGAAGAAAAGCUGCCGAUAAAGUUGCCAGUUCUGGUUGUGCCCACGGUUUUGGAUAUGCAAGAAACGUUGCCAGUUCAGCCAUCACCGACGCCUUCGAAGAAAAAGAGAGGCCUAAUGUCACGGUUGUUGUCAUCAAAAGAUAAAAAAAUUGCUGAAGAUGCAAAAAUUAAAGAAAAGGAGGAGAAAGCUAAAGAAAAGUCUGCCAAGAGCAGUAAAUCAAAAGACAAAAAGAGCAAAAAGGUUGAAGAAGCCGCAACAGAAAACGCAAACGAGGAAAAGUCAAAGGAGAAAAAAGGUUUAAGCAUUUUAGGGAUGAAACUUAGGAGACCCGUCGAGAUGGUGAGGGAUGAUGGGGCGCCGGACGCACCUGCAAGAAGACAGGCCUACCAGCAGAAGACACCCUCUCUCCGGAUGAGCACCGAGUCUGAAAAGGCCGCCGAGGAAGCCGAGGCGAGAGCCAUCGUCGUUUCACGCUACGGAGAGUUAAUCAACGAUAUAGAUUCCGGAAGACGAUCGGUUUCAAGACGUCUCUACUUGGACAUCGAUGAGAUGAAGUCUCAAGCAGACGAGGACGAGGAUCCUUUGGAAGCGUCGAUUCACUCACCAAGUCCUGUCAUCACCAAAGAUGAGGAGGAUGCAUCGGCCAAAAUUAAAUUGCUACCAGAGGAUGAAAUACUUGAGGGAGACGACCUAGAGGAGGACGAAGUCAUCGACCUGCCGCCGUCGCCGCCUCGGUCGGCCACCCCGAAGCACGAGUGGGCCAGUUUGCAACAGGCGGCGCCGGCGGCCGACGAGAAGCCGUCGUCCAAGGCCAAGAGCGGAAGCAGCAGCGGCCAGCGAGCGGUGACAGGUGAGGCGGCCAAGGAGACCCUGAACAAAGCCACCAACGUCGCGUUGGGUCUUUUUGUGAUUUGGAUUUCCAUUUCGGUCGAUUGGCACCUGGGCCUGGGCAUCGUGGCCUUCUACCUGCUGCACAAACUCUACGUGCGCGCCAAAGAGAAGUUCCUUCAACUCACCGGACUCAAGAGGCGCGAACGGACUCCGGAGUUCGGCCCCGGAGACGACGUGCCAGACCCUGACCCCCUUCCUGGGCUUGCCCUUCUCGCUCCUCCGCCGCCCCCGACGCCUCCGAGCACCCCCAAACUGCUGCUGAACAUGCAGAUAAUUCCCGAGGAGAACGAGGAGGAGGAGGUGGAAGGGGAGGAGGUGGACGACGAGGACGACGAGUACAUCAUUGACCAGGACGGGAACCUGGUCAGGGUGCGGGAAAGGGAUGGUUUAAGGGAUGAUUACGAUUAUGAGUAUGAUUUUGACGGGGAGGAUGAAAUUUUAGAGGAGGAGGAGGAGGAGGAAGAGCGUUUACAGAGCAUUCCAUACCGUUACAAUAAUAAACAGCCUGAUUGAGGCUGUCUUGGCUUGGAAAAGAGUUUCAAAGUUUUUGUCAUGAGGCAGGAAAGCUGCCUUUCUUGUCAGGGUUCAGCAGGGUUGCUGUCUUUUUGAAACCGGAUGAUUUAAAAAAUUAUGAAAGUAGUUAUUUAAUUAGAAAAAGUCACAAUCUUCUGAUUUCAAAUAAAUUCAUACCAGCCCUUUGAACUCUUAAAGUAAUUUUAAACUUCCACGGAUUUGGUGGUUAAUGAGCUGUGAUAAAUUCUGAAGCAAGCCAAGGCGGUCUCGAGCUGUGAAACACGCGUGUUUUAGUUAAUUCUCCGAAAACCCAAUUAAUUAAAAUUUUGGCCGUUCCCUCGAGCCAUGCCCGGGGCAAUGCAAUUGCCUCGGCAUGACCCGCGGCCGGUGACCAUUCCCUCUCUUAAUCAAUUUUCAGGAUUCAUUUUCUACUUUGGUUGAGCUUCAUAAGCCCCCUUGUUUCCCUAAAAAACAUGGACUCCGAUUAUACUUAAGUUUCUCCCGAAAUGCUUUAGAACAAGAAGUGACACACAAUCUCAAAAAGUGGGCGUGUGAAAUUAAAAAAUUGCAAUUAAUUCAAAGUUUUUCUCUCUAUGUCUAAAAAGACUUCUCAAAUGGAGCAUGCCGUGUAUAAAAAAAACUUUUGUACGAAUAUAACUCUGUGUUGAAGAAAAUGAAUUAAUAUUUAUUAUUUAAUCUUUGCAUGGUGGUAUGUAACCGAUAAUGUUUGUUUACGUGAAUUUAAUGUGAGAUUAUUUGGCAAGCACAUGUAUAAAUAUUAGUUGUAUGUAAGAAAAAUUGUUGUAUAAGAACCAAAAUGUUUGAAAAUUCAAUCAAUGUGACAACAAUCAAAGCUCUGUUGAACGAAAAUCGAAAUUCAUUCAUAAGUGGCCUUUUUCCUGGUGAAAAGGAAAAAAAUUCAACAUUUAUCGCUGUGUUUUGAUAUUUUUUGUUAAAUUGAGCUGUAGAAAUUAAGUGGCGUUUUCUGUUCUA